CUCGUGUCAUGGCUCCCGUGGACGCCCCGUGCGUAGCGACACCGACGUAGCACAGGAACUAGUAUCCCAGUGAAAGCCUGCUUUCACACAACCGCCAACUCUCCAACAUGGUGUUCGAGACCAUUUCGAGGAUAAUAAAAGUGCAGCUGCCGGCGUACCUGAAGAAGCUCCCGCUCCCGGAGACAAUCGGCGGAUUUGCGAGCCUAACAGUGUCGGAAUGGCUGCGGCUGCUCCCUCUCCUGGGCAUCUUGGCCCUGCUGGGCUACCUGACCAUACGCCCCUUCUUCCCCAAGAAGAAGAAGCAGAGAGACAGCCUGAUCAACCUCAAGAUUCAGAAGGAGAACCCCAAAGUGGUCAACGAGAUAGACAUCGAGGACCUGAACAGCGCAAAUGUUUGCUACUGUCGCUGUUGGCGCUCCAAAACGUUUCCUGUUUGUGACAAGUCUCACUUAAAGCACAACGAGCUGACCGGAGACAACGUGGGGCCGCUCAUACUCAAGAAGAAGAUCCUAUAAUCCCCCUCCAGUACUGCCAUUUAUUGACGCUCCCUAGUCGUCCUGCCCGUGCUGGUGAGAAACGUGCCUUAUGUGUUCCCUUCCUGUACUUCUGGCGUGUACAGUAUCUCGCAAACCUGAGUCCGCCCAGUCACAUUUCAAAAAAACGGUAUAAAAAAAGUGGGACCAUUUUUUUUUUAUCAGGGAAUUUUAUUUAUUGGAUAAUUGCAUUGUCACACUUUUUAUUUAAGUUGAUAAAUGUCAUAAAUAUGCUAAGCAGUUUUAUGUUUUGCAAUUUGUUCCCUUGCUGUACAUAAACUAACCGAACUUAAUGCAGAGUCUCAGCCGUUACUUCCCUCAUUUUUAAACUCAUUUAUAACAAUAGAUAUGUUCAAAUAUGACACUGGCACUUCAAGUUGUAAACACACUUUUAAUACUGAAGAUCCUUCACUGUCAACUGUGUUGUGGUUCUUAAAGGGGAACAUUAUCACCAAACCUAUGUAAGCGUCAAUAUAUACCUUGAUGGUGCAGAAAAAAAGACCAUGUAUUUUUUUAACCGAUUUCCGAACUCUAAAUGGGUGAAUUUUGGCAAAUUAAAUGCCUUUCUGUUUAUCGGUCUUCUAGCGAUGACGUCACCGAGGUAAUACACCCGCCAUAUUCAUUUUCACAUUGCAAACACCGGGUCUCAGCUCUGUUAUUUUCCGUUUUUCGACAAUUUUUUGGAACCUUGGAGACAUCAUGCCUCGUCGGUGUGUUGUCGGAGGGUGUAACAACACUAACAGGGAGGGAUUCAAGCUGCACCACUGGCAAGAAAUCUGCCGCCAGACCCCCAUUGAAUGUACCAGAGUGUCUUCACAUUUUACCGGCGAUGCUAAGACAGACAUGGCACAGAGAUGUAUGGAUAACCUGCAGAUGCAUUUGCAACUAUAAAGUCAACGAAUUCACAAAGGUGAGUUUUGUUGAUGUUGUUGACUUAUGUGCUAAUCAGACAUAUUUGGUCGCAGCAUGACUGCCAGCUAAUCGAUUCUAAGAUGCUACGCUAAUCGAUGCUAACAUUCUAUUUACGCUAGCUGUAUGUACGUUUGAAACUAGAUACCCACAUUUAAUGCGAAACAAACACUUACCAAUCGACGGAUUUAAGUUGCUCCAGUGUCACAAGAUGCGAAAGUCCUGAUCGUUUGGUCCGCACAUUUUACCGGUGAUGCUAAUAAGGCAGCCAUGCUAUGGGCCACUUCAUUAGGUACACCCACGCUAUGGCCGAAUAGCGUCAAUAGCUAUUCGUUCAAUAGCUUCAAUUUCUUCUUCAAUUUCGUUUUCGCUAUCUACCUCCAUACUCCGAGCAUCUGUUUCAAUACAUGCGUAAUCUGUUGAAUCGCUUAAGCCGCUGAAAUCCGAGUCUGAAUCCGAGCUAAUUUCGCUAUAUCUUGCUGUGGUAACCACCAUGUUGUUUGUAUUGGCAGCACUGUAUGACGUCACAGGGAAAUGGACAGUGGUUUCGAAGAUAGCAAAAAUAAGGCACUUUAAAGCUUUUUUUAGGAAUAUUCCGCGACCGGUAAAAUUUUGAAAAAAAUUUCAAAAAAUACAAGAGCCACUGGGAACUGAUUUUUAUUGUUUUUAACCCUUUUGAAAUUGUGAUAAUGUUCCCCUUUAAAAAGCUACUAAGAGGUCCACUAGCAAUGUUUUUAUGACCUUGGCUUUCCACUACACAACACAUUAGAAAUACACCAAUCAAUAAAAAAAACUGUAUUUAAGUGUUGACUUUCUACUUUAAGAGCCUUGACAUUUAGUGUGAAAAUAUAACAAUUGUAACCCUUGGAUGACAAUGAAAAGAAUCAUUAAAGUAGAGGAGAGCUUCUCAAACUUGUUUGUCCCAAGUACCACCGUAAUCACCCACAUUCACGCACAAUAGUGUAGUAGGCAUAAGAAUUCAUUAAAACCAACGCAGAUAUUUUUUUAAAUAUAUAACACAGUUUGAACAGUAACACUGUUUGAACACGGGUUGUCCCGGUACUAAAAUGUAUACUUUCCUAAAUAAAGGGGACCACAAAAAUUGCAUUAUUAGCUUUAUUUUAGGCUCCAGCACCCCCCUGUGAUCCCAAAAGGGACCAGCGGUAGAAAAUGGAUGGAUAUUAGGGUACAUUAAACAUAUAAGCAAAUUUGUCCUCUGCUCGUAAAACCAGCAAUGUUUUGACGUGACGACGCAUCAUGCCCCGUAAAAAAAAUUGGAGUGGCGGUACUUUUCAAAGUAUAGUACCAUUUUGAUUCAUUAGUACCGCGAUACCAUACUAGUACCGGUAUACCGUACAACUCUAGUUGGAAGACAUUAAAAUAAAACACUGUACUUUAAUCAGUGAGUCUUUGGUCCCACUAGAUGGUAGCGGUACUUUUCAAAGUAUAGUACCAUUUUUAUUCAUUAGUACCGCGAUACCAUACUAGUACCGGUAUACCGUACAACUGUAGUUGGAAGACAUUAAAAUAAAACACUGUACUUUAAUCAGUGAGUCUUUGGUCCCACUAGAUCAGGGGUGCCCACACUUUUUCUGCAGGCGAGCUACUUUUCAGUUGACCAACUCGAGGGGAUCUACCUCAUUUAUAUAUAUAAUUUAUAUUUAUUUAUUUAUGAAAGAGACAUUUUUGUAAACAAGUUAAAUGUGUGUAAUGAUAAUACAAGCAUGUGUAACACAUAUAGAUGUCUUUCUUUCACAAAGACAAGAAUAUAAGUUGCUGUAUUACCUGACUCUGAUGACUUGCAUUGAUUGGAAUCAGACAGUAAUGAUGAUAACGGCCACAUUUUCAAAUGGAGGAGAAAAAAAGUUGUCCCUUCUGUACAAUACCACAUGAAAGUGGUUGGUUUUUGGCAUCUAAUUCAUCCAGCUUCCAUACACUUUACAAGAAAAACAUUGGCGGCAAAUUCCGUAGCUUGCUUGAUUGACAUUCACGGCACCCGAGGGUCUUGUGAGAUGACGCUGGCUGCUGCCAGUCCAUUAUUAUGAAAAAAUGACAGAGAGGAAGGCGAGAAACACUUUUUAUUUCAACAGACUUUCGCGCCGUCCUUUCCGUCAAAACUCUAAAGGCCGACUGCACAUUUCCUAUCUUCACAAUAAAAGCCCUGCUUCAUGCUGCCUGCGCUAACAAAAUAAGAGUCUCGGAAAGCUGGCGUGCACAAGUGAUGUGCACGCCAGCUUUCUGAGGGAUCGCACCAGCGUUUUGAUGUGUAAUUACCGUAGUAUAUAGGGGUUCCUACUACCACGGAGGGGAUUGUCGGGACAGAGAUGACUGUUUGGGAACGCAAAGCGUCCCAUUUAUUAACAAUAAAUCUUUCAAUCAUUCAAUCAAACUUUCACAUCUUUGACAUGGCGAACAGCAUUCGUGCAGAGUACAAAUAAAACAACGGUGCAAAGUAAUACAAAGUCCUCGCCUGUAACACGGCAGUAAAAGUACAGUCCCGCGGCCGUUUACGUUAUCAAAAUAACGUAUAUGAAAAGUCAGUCUUUAAUCAUUGUGUCAUCGUACUAAACCACCGAAAUCCUCUUCGUCGGUGUCGGAGAAGAACAGGUCCAAAAUGGCGGCGUCAGCCAGCUAUAUCUUUACCAAACAAUCUGUCACUCCUAAUCCAUAAAUCCCAUGAAAUCUUAUACGUCUAGUCUCUUACGUCAGUGGUCCCCAACCUUUUUGUAUCCGCAAACCGGUCAACGCUUAAUAAUUUGUCCCACGGCCCGGGGGGUCCUUUUUUUUUUCCUUCUUCUUCUUUGUCAUAAAAAAGGGACGUUUUUGUCAUGAAAAAGGGAGGUUUUUGUGGUUUUUGCACUAAUUGUAAGUGUAUAUUAUGUUUUUUAUGUUGAUUUAAUAAAAAAUUUAAAAAAAUACAAUUAUUAUGUUUUUUAUGUUGAUUUAAUAAAAAAUUUAAAAAAAUACAAUUAUUUUUUUUAAAUAAAAAAUUCUUCUGCGGCCCGGUGGUUGGGGACCACUGAUUUACGUGAACGAGAUAAAUAAUAUUAUUUGAUAUUUUACGGUAAUGUGUCAACAAUUUCACACAUAAGUCGCUCCUGAGUAUAAGUCGCACCCCCGGCCAAACUAUGAAAACAACUGCGACUUAUAGUUCGAAAAAUACGGUACAUGGAGUAUCUUUUUAAUGGGAAUGCCAACAUUUUUGACAAAUUAGUGUGUGAAUGCGAGUGCGAAUGUUGUCUGUCUGUGUUGGCCCUCCAAUGAGGUGGCGACUUGUCCAGGGUGUACACCCUCUUCCGCCCAAUUGUAGCUGAUAGAGGCACCAGCGACCCCAAAGGGAAUAAGCGGUAGAUAAUGGAUGGAUGGAUAAAGCUAAAACUCAACACUUCAAUCACUUGCUCAUUUCUUUAUGGAUGUGUUUAUUUCAACGUUAAAGCACAUUAAUUGAUUAACGUGCACCCCGAAUUACACAAGUGGGAAAACUUAUUGGGGUGUUACCAUUUAGUGGUCAAUUGUACGGAAUAUGUACUGUACUGUGCAAUCUACUAAUACAAGUUUCAAUCAAUCAAAAACGUAUGUACCGUAAAGGCAAAACCUUUGAACCGUGAGCUCUGAUAACGAGUUGUGGUUGAAAAACGGAUAGUACCACUCGAACAUUCAGAAAUAAAUAAGCCAUUCUAAGACUUGUAUUUGUUGAUGCAUUUCAUAUUUUUAAUCCUUUUUUGCAAAUGUGUCAUGGCCAAUUCAAGCAAUUUCAACCAUCGUGUGUGUCCCCUCCACAAUAAGAUUGCAGUCCUGUGGGUAAUGCUGCAAUUUCAGAGUACAAAUUUUGUUUGUUUGUAUACAGCCAUCAUGUUUUAUUAGGUUGACCCUGCUGCACCUGGUGUUCCAUACCGUCAUAUACAACCAUAACCUGGAUUAGGUUUAUUAUUGGUUUGUAGUGUCAACCAAAUAUGUCUGAAAUGACAUAAACAUAAAAGGUUUAGUGUCAUAAAUGCCACAUUCCUUGGAUUGAAACUUGUGGCAAGUGCAUGAAUUCCAACAGGGAGCAUGCAGCAACAAUGGCGGUGUAUCAGGUAAUUUUCAGUGCAUAAUAAACUGUACACUGGCUACUCUAAAGCAUACCCGUGUAAAAAAUGUUGUCCCGUGAGAAGAUAUGAGGCGUGUACUCACUUAUGUGAAAUACUGUACUAGGAUUUAGUAGAUUGGGACCACUUUGAAGGGAUAACGUAGUUGUAGAAAUGACUUACAUGUGAAGUAAAACCCAAAUAGUGUAAACUAAUGUACUAUUUAUUCCCUCCAUUCUGUCUUGACUAUUGAACUGUGAAGCCCUCCAGCAUUAAAGGCAGAUUCCUUGUGACCCCCUCAAGCAUGAAGAGUCAUUUCAAACCUUUGACUUGUGCUGCCUUUCCAGAACAAUUCCUCCUCAGACACCAUAUCAGCACUAUAAGAACUCUAUUUGUGGCAUGUACUCUUUUUAUCCUCUGUAACAUAACACAUAACUGUAAAUAAUACUGUACUUCUUCUUGAGAAGAUGUUGACAUAAAGGUGGAUGUAGUCAGA